AUGUCGCAACUUCCUUCUGAGCCGGAGUUUGAGCAGGCGUACAAGGAGCUCGCCCUUACGCUGGAGAACAGCACGCUCUUCCAAAAGAACCCCGAGUACCGCACCGCGCUCAAGGUUGCCUCGAUCCCCGAGCGUGUUAUCCAGUUUCGCGUGGUCUGGGAAGAUGAUGCCGGCAACCUUCAAGUCAACCGGGGCUACCGUGUUCAGUUCAACUCGGCUCUCGGCCCCUACAAGGGUGGCCUGCGUCUGCACCCCUCCGUCAACCUCUCCAUUCUGAAAUUCCUCGGGUUUGAGCAGAUCUUCAAGAAUGCGCUUACUGGCCUGAUGAUGGGCGGUGGCAAGGGUGGAUCCGACUUCGACCCCAAAGGGAAGAGUGACGCCGAGAUCCGGCGAUUCUGCGUCUCCUUCAUGCGCGAGCUCUCCAGGCACAUUGGCGCCGACACCGACGUCCCCGCCGGCGACAUUGGCGUGGGUGGCCGCGAGAUCGGCUACAUGUUCGGUGCCUACCGGCGUGAGCGCAACAAGUUCGAGGGUGUCCUAACCGGCAAGGGCCUCGACUGGGGCGGCUCGCUCAUCCGGCCCGAGGCCACCGGGUACGGCCUCGUGUACUACGUCGGCCACAUGCUUGAGCUCGCUGGUGCCGGCACCUACGAAGGCAAGCGUGUCGCCAUCUCGGGUUCCGGCAACGUUGCGCAGUACGCCGCGCUCAAGUGCAUCGAGCUCGGCGCCACCGUCGUCUCGCUUUCCGACUCCAAGGGCUCGCUCGUGGCGGUCGAUGAUGGCUUCGUCACGGUCGAGGACAUUGAGGCCAUCAUGCAGCUCAAGGCCAAGCGUCAGGCGCUGGCCGAGUACACGCCCAAGGGCAAGCUCCAGUACAUUGAGGGCGCCCGCCCGUGGGUCCACGUCGGCCACGUCGACAUCGCCCUUCCGUGCGCGACGCAGAACGAGGUCAACAAAGAGGAGGCGCUGGCCCUGGUGGCCGGCGGCACCCGCUUCAUCGCCGAGGGCUCCAACAUGGGCUGCACGCUCGAGGCCAUCGAGGUGUUUGAGAACGAGCGGCGGCAGAAGAAGGGCGAGGCCAUCUGGUACGCCCCGGGCAAGGCUGCCAACUGCGGCGGCGUCGCCGUGUCGGGCCUCGAGAUGUCACAGAACAGUCAGCGUCUCGCGUGGACUAAGGACGAGGUCGACCAGAAGCUUAAGGACAUCAUGAAGAACGCCUUUUACCUCGGCCUCAACACGGCCAAGGAGUACGUCGAGAGCAGCGAGGGCGAGCUUCCCAGCUUGGUCGCUGGCAGCAACAUUGCUGGCUUCGUCAAGGUCGCCGAGGCCAUGCGCGACCACGGCGACUGGUGGUGA